UAAAAAAAAAACAACAACAUUUUCUCUGCCUCCGAUUUUGUUCGUCAAGAGAAGAAGAAGGAUGGUGUCGCAGACGAUUGAAUUGUUGAAGAGCGAGCUCCCAGUAGAGCAAGAAUCACUGACUCUCAAUGGAGAUGUUAAUACUGGUCUUGUCCUCGUCGACGUUGUCAAUGGCUUCUGUACCGUCGGUGCUGGAAAUUUGGCUCCGCAGCAACCCAAUAAGCAGAUCUCUGAAAUGGUUGACGAGUCGGUAAGACUUGCCAGAGCUUUCUGUGAGAAGAAAUGGCCUGUUUUUGGUUUUAUUGACUGCCAUCAUCCAGAUGUUCCUGAACAUCCUUAUCCUCCUCACUGUAUUGCUGGUACAGAUGAAGCGAGACUAGUGCCAGCAUUACAGUGGUUGGAAAAUGAACCUAAUGUGAAGCUGAGGUUCAAGGAUUGCAUUAAUGGAUAUCUGGGUUCAGUUGAGAAAGAUGGCUCCAAUGUGUUUGUAGAUUGGAUUAAGGAUAAUCAAAUCAAAGUUAUACUGGUGGUGGGGAUAUGCACGGAUGUAUGUGUGCUGGAUUUUGUCUCUUCAACUUUAUCUGCCAGAAACCGUGGUUUUCUUCCCUCUUUGGAGGAUGUAUUUGUAUAUUCUGGUGGUUGUGCAACCUAUGAUCUCCCAGUUGACGUUGCCAGAGCAAUCAAAGGUGCUAUAGCUCAUCCACAGGAUCUAUUGCAUCACGUAGGCCUUUAUAUGGCCAGGGGGAGAGGAGCGAAGAUAAUAUCUGAGGUGUCAUUUGGUGCACUGGUGGAGCCAUGAUCAAGUCCUUCCAUAGUUGCAGGCUUAGAUUUCACAUAAAAGAUCAUUUGAAGUAAUCGAUUUGGAGGUAUGAACAUAAGUUUGGUAGCAGUCCUUUGUCAGUACCUAUGUGAAAUGUGCUCGUCGGAUGAGGUAUUUCUUCAAUUGUCACCAUCAACCAAUCUGUUCAACUUCAAAAAUUAUCUUGGUUAUUAGUAUUAUUGUUUUUUUCAUAUGGAGGAUGGUCUACUCUCUUUAUCCGUUGGUCAUCAGGAUUAUCCAAGUUGGUGUAUCCGCAAUUAAACAUAUUAAAUAAUAAUGUUGUUGGGUUU